UUGUACUGGGCAAUCAUGGGGAAACUACUGCUUUUUUCGGCUGUGGCCCUGCUGCUCAACGCGCAGCUCGGCUCUUCCUACAUCCUGUCCUGUUACUUCACUAACUGGGCACAAUACAGGCCUCCUCCAACCAUCUACAUGCCCACUAACAUCGACCCAUGCCUGUGUACCCACCUCCUCUACGCCUUCGCCACGAUCACAAACGGCAAGCUCGCCACUUACGAGUGGAAUGAUGUGACUCUCUACGGGCAGUUCAACGACCUUAAGAACCAGAAUGGAAACAUGAAAACCCUGCUCUCUGUUGGAGGCUGGAAUUUCGGCUCCUCUGGAUUCUCUGCUAUGGUGGCUUCCUCUGGUACCCGUCAAACCUUCAUCGACUCUGUCAUCAGCUUCCUGAGGAAGUAUCAGUUUGAUGGUCUUGACAUUGACUGGGAAUACCCAGGCAACAGGGGGAGCCCUCCACAAGACCAGCAGCUGUACUCUGUCCUAUUGCAGGAAAUGAGGGAAGCCUUUGAAGCUGAAGCUAAGCAGAGCAACAAGCGGCCACUGCUGAUGUCCGCCGCUGUCUCAGCUGGUCGCGGCACCAUCGACACGGCCUACCAGAUACCCGAAGUUGGAAAGUACCUUGACAUGAUCAAUGUGAUGACCUACGACUACCACGGCUCCUGGGACCCCUUCACUGGGGAGUGCAGUCCUCUGUACAGGGACUCCUUUGAUUCUGGAUCCUACAUCUACUUCAAUGUGGACUAUACAAUGAACUACUGGAAGAACAAUGGAGCACCGGCUGAGAAACUGCUAGUUGGCUUCCCCACCUAUGGCAACACCUUCACCCUGAGUAACCCGGCCAACCACGGCAUCGGCGCUCCGAUCUCAGGGGCUGGAACUGCAGGAAAGUACACGCAGGAGGCUGGUGAGCUGGCCUACUUCGAGAUCUGUGGCUUUUUGGAUGGAGCUACAGAAGUCUGGAACACUGAGCAGAAUGUGCCCUAUGCCUAUAAGGGAAACCAGUGGGUUGGCUAUGACAAUCUCAAGAGCUUCCAGAUCAAGGUUGACUGGCUAAUGAAGAACCAAUUUGGAGGAGCCAUGGUGUGGACUAUCGACAUGGAUGACUACAUGGGAACAUACUGCAACCAGGGCAAAUACCCACUGAUCAAUGUCCUCCACAAGGCUUUCGGCUUGGGUCAAGGCUCCUGCAAACCACCUGCUACCCCUGUGCCCCCCAUUCCAGGACAGUCCACCACCACGGUCGCAUCAAGCUCUACUGGAAGCAAUUCAAAGGGAGGCAGUUCCAGUGGUGGCAGCUCCAGUGGUGGCAGUUCCAGUGGUGGCAGCUCCAGCGGCACCGGAGGCAUGAACAGCAGCUUCUGUACAGGCAAAGCUGAUGGAAUGUACCCUGAUCCCACCGACAAAAACAAGUUCUACGAGUGCAGUAGGGGCAGGACAUACUUCCAAAGCUGUGCUAGUGGCCUGGUAUUUGAUACCAGCUGUUCCUGCUGUAACUGGUCCUAGAUCAAGGAGUUGCACUUAAGGGAGGGGGGCAGUGAAAAUGCUUUUGCUUUUGAUGUCCACCACUGCCCUACCUGCCUUUUGUUCAAAGCCCCCCCCUUCCUGUUUUACGGACGCUGCUCUUUAAAACAGCCGAGGGUUAACAGAGUAAAAUUUUUAAUAAUUUUUUCUGGAGUCAGGAAAAGCAUUCAACAGUACCGUGGGUUUUACUAGACAAUGUCUUUCAGAACCAUUUGAAAUCAAGCUAUUAAAGAAUUUAAUAGAAUACCACCAGAACAGUGCACCAGUAAUAUGUAUUGGGUACCAUUUCUGCAUAACACCACUGGUUCCCAAGUCUGAGAUUUUACACACCUCCUGUAACAUGUCUAGUACUUAACAUCACCCACUAUUUUGCAUUUACAAUUAAUUGGAUGGUACUUGUUUUUGUUUGUUUUAUAAAGACAGAUGGUUUUUAUAAUGUCAGAA